AUGAAGCUUAAGGAGAUCCACAGGACGUCGACGUUUGCGUGGUCGCCAUCGCCCUCGUUACCACUGCUGGCGACAGGGACAGUCGCCGGGGCGCUGGACGAGUCAUUCAGCAACAAUGGUCAGCUGGAAAUAUGGGCUCCGGACUUCUUGGACAAAAACCAGUUUGACCUUGGUGGAGAGGGUCAGGCGGGGCCGAAAGCUUCCGUGACAACGACUUCAAGAUUCAACCGUCUCGCGUGGGGCUAUGCUGAUGGCGGACGCGCGAGUGGUAUCAUUGUGGCCGGGAUGGAGAAUGGCGAGCUGGACAUCUGGGAUCCGUCCAAAAUUGUUACAAAUGCAGAUCCAUCCGAAUCCUUGAUACUGCGCAACAAAACGCACACGGGACCUGUGCGCGGAUUAGAUUUCAACCCUAUUCAGACGAAUCUCUUUUCGUCCGGUGCCGUCAAUGGAGAAAUAUAUAUCUGGGAUCUUAAGGACCCGAGCAAACCCUACUCGCCUGGAACACGCAGCACUAAGCUUGACGAAAUCACCGCACUUGCUUGGAACCACCACGUUCAGUAUGCCCUCGCUGCAUCGAGCAGUACUGGAUACACCGUGGUUUGGGACCUGAGAGGCAAACGCGAGGUGGCCGCACUGGCAUACGGUGGUGGCGCCGGCACGCUCGCUGGUGGUGCACAAGGAUUUGGAGCUGCAAGUAUGGCAAUGGGUGGACGAAGGGGCAUGAGUGACGUCGCAUGGCAUCCUGACAAUGCUACGCGACUCGUCACAGCAUCAGAAGAUGAUACAUCCCCAAUUAUUAUGGUUUGGGAUCUUCGCAAUGCUCGUGCGCCAGAAAAGAUCUUAACAGGCCAUGAGAAGGGUGUUCUCUCUCUCUCGUGGUGUAAGCAAGAUCCAGAUUUACUACUUUCAUGCGGCAAGGACAACCGGGCGCUAUGCUGGAACCCUCAGACCUCUGAGAUCAUUGGAGAGCUUCCUUCUGCAGACAACUGGGCAUUCCAGGUGCAAUGGUGCCCUCGUAACCCCGAUUUGUUCGCGACGGCUUUCUUCGAUGGUACCGUCGGAAUUCAUUCGAUACAAUCCACCAAUGAUGCGAACGGGCUACUGCCGGCCACACCUCGACCAGAUGGUUCUGAUGUCUUCGGUGCUUCUAGUUUCUCCCGUGCUUCCCAAGCGACGCUUUCACUCAAGACGCCUCCGAAGUGGUUGCGUCGCCCCGUUGCUAGCUCAUUCAGUUAUGGUGGGAAGUUGGUGAGCGUGUCCAACUUGCCCGGCGCUCAAGGAAAGACACAGAGCAGUGUCGUGCACAUCCGCAAGGUUAUCACAGAGACGGAAAUUGUUGAACGAGCGACAAAACUCCAAGCAGCUAUCAAUGGCGAGUCAUUGAACGCCUUUGCAGAGGAAAAGACUACGGAGGCCGAACAGAAGCCCGCUGAAAUAUCUGCCAGCUGGAAGGCGUUGCUUAGCCUAUUCAAGGCGAACUCCCGGGAUGAGUUGAUUACCUUACUGGGCUUCUCGAAAGAGGAAGUUGCGGUGCGCGUAGCUGAUGCCGUGGCCAAUCUAAAGGCUGCCUCAGAGAGUCUCGAGUCGUCAGCAGAGGAUGAUGUCACUGAGACAGAUCCCAAACCCCCUGUCGUGUCUUUCGCGGAGCCGGAGAGUGAGGUCCAGUCCGACGAGGGCGAAAGAGAGGAUGAUGGCGACGACACGCUAGAUGCAAACAGUGUGGUGGAGGCUACUCCGUCGGAGGUGAGCGCUAGCGCGGCAUCAGAUAACACGAAUACAGCUCUUGCAGACGGUGAAUCGACGACUACUGCACCCAGUCUAUUUGGCGACGAGCUCAUCGGUACUGCGCAGGCCGAUGCCGCAGCAGAUUUCUUCGGGAGCAUUGGCACCGCCCGGUCUGCAGACGAUGGGAUUCAGAUCCCACACACAAAUUAUGCGCUUGAUUCAUCGGUCGCUGCGACAAUUGGUUCUGGACCAUCCUCUGUAGCUUCUGAGACUUUGAAGAGUAACACGUUCAAGAUUUACCCUAUUGACGAGUCGGAGACCGACCGUCUUGUAACAAAGGCCCUGGUUCUUGGUGAUUUUGAAUCUGCAGUCUCGUUAUGUCUUUCCUCUUCGCGCUUCGCCGACGCAAUUCUUCUCGCAGUCAAGGGUGGCCCAGAGCUGUUGCAGCGUACGCAGAAGGCUUAUUUCGAGCGCCAAACCACUUCUCUGCCUUACCUACGCCUCUUCCAGUCUAUCGUCACGAAUGAUUUAGCAGACAUUGUGCAAAACGCAGAUCUGCAAGAGUGGCAGGAGAUUUUCGUGAUCCUCUGUACCUUCGCUACUCAGGAUGAAUUCUCUGGGCUAGCGGAACAACUCGGCCAGAGACUCGAAUUCCAAUCAAGGGUUGCUCAUACUUCUGGAGUAGAUGAUGCCGAAGACAGAGCUGCUGAAUAUCGAAGAAAUGCGACGCUGACUUAUCUUGCUGCUGGUCGCUUGGAGAAACUCGUUAAUAUCUGGAUUGAGGAGCUGGCAGAUGAGGAGAGGGUGCUUUCUGCAGACGAAGACUUGCACGGUUCUCUAUACACUGCUCAUGCACUCGCUUUGCAAACAUUCAUCGAGAAAGUUACAGUAUUCCGCAGCGCUAUCCAUUAUGAGGAUAUAGAUUUAGGCGCAAAGGUCUCCAAUGACGAGGAUGCUGAUGCACGGACAUACAGGCUCUCAAGUCUGUAUGACCGCUACUUCGAAUAUGCUGACCUGCUCGUCGCUCAAGGCAUGGUGAAAGAAGCCGUAGAGUAUCUCAAGCUGACACCCGAAAGCUAUAAUGGAUCAGCUGGUUCUGCGUUGGACUUCACAGUGGGUAGGGAGCGUCUGUUAAAGGCCGCCAGGGUCGUGGCUUUCCCGCCGAGGGGUGUCUCACUUAAUGCCCCUACAUCGAAGGCCGCUCCCGCAGCAUCAACCAGUUCAGGAUUUGGCUACUCGUCGUAUUCUGCGCCAAGUCAGCCUUCGUUUGCUCCCCAAGCACCGGCGGCGUCGACUUCGAUUUACGAGCCAUAUAACCUGUCUGGCUCGACCGCUGCAUCACAGUCUCAGCAUCAGUAUACGACGGCUGCGCAGCCGCCUGCACAAUCAUAUCAGCCUUCUGCCCCUAUUGGUUAUAACGCUGGUCCGUACGCUCAGCCUCCCUCACAGCUUCAGCAUGCGCCCAUUCACCAGGCUCCCCCAACCAAUAUCCUGGCUCCUCCGCCCCGCGCUGUGAAUAGUACGCCAUCUGUGCCGCCUCCGCCUCCGAAGCGGGACAACGGGGGCUGGAAUGAUGCACCGUCUCUCCCUGGCCAGCGCCGCCCGACAGGUAGUGCCAACAGACCGGCAGCGAUUACUUCGCCGUUCCCGAAUGCCCCUGCGUCGCCAGGUAUUCCAACAUCACCCUUUAUUGGGCAUGGUCAACCUCCUCCUACAUUGCCGCCGCCGCCAAGACCUGGGAGUGUGCAGAAUCGCCCUCCCCCCCAUUCACAGGGGCAACGCCUCCCUUUGUCACCACCGACCGGUCCUGGUCCGUACCCCGCGCGCCCACUCUCGGGACCUCCGGGCCCUGGCCAACAUCCGCUUGCACCUCCCCCCGGCCGCAUUGCGAUGAUGUCUCCUCCCCCUGCUCCUGGGAUGUCACGGGCUCCGCCAGCACCUAUGCCCGGCCCGUACGGCGUUCCUUCUGGAUCAAUGUCCGGACCAACGCCGCCCCCGCAAGGAUUUGGACAUCCCCCGCCACCUGGUCCCCCCGUUCCCGGUCCUUCGGGACCGUAUGGACGCCCUCCGUCGCCGAUGCAAGGCCCUCCGAUGGGACAGGGUCAGCCCCAAUUCACGCAGCGUCCGCCGCCUCCGCCCCAGCAGCAGCAGCAGCAGCAACAGCAACAGCAACAGCAACAGCAACCUCAGCCGGGAAGUUUCGUACCUCCACUUCCGCGAUUAGGAAAUGCGCCGGGUGCUCAGGGCCCGUCACGAAUCGGUAAUGGUGCCCCCGCUCCCACGCCUCCCCGUGCAACAGGUCCUCCGCCGCCGAAGUAUCCUCCAGGAGACCGAAGCCAUAUUCCUGGGGAUAUGCGACCUGUUUAUGAUGUCAUCUUUGGCCAACUGGAACAUUUGAAACAAAUUACUCCGCCACAGCAGCGACGACUAAUGGACGAUCUUGAACGCCGAAUCAACCCGUUGUUCGAUGCACUGAACUGCGAGACGUUAUCAAAAUCCGUGUGCGAAAAAUUGACUAUCCUAUCCCGAGCCAUGGAGUCGCAUGAUCGCGAGGGUGCAAUGGCAUUGCAUAUGGACCUCCUUACGACGGGCUCGUUGACUGAUGAUAUAGGGCUGUGGAUGUCCGGAGUCAAGCAGCUCAUUAUGCGACUGUAG